UUUAUUUGAAAAGAUUUGUUUAACAGAAUCGAAGGUGAUUCUUGUUGGCAAUCCAAUAAGAAAGAGCAGCUGUUCUGUGGUAGAGUGACUAGAGUCGUCAUGGGUUCUCUUGGAAAACGAUUCUCUGGUCAAAUAUGAGCAGGUGGAGUAAUCUAAGAGUCAUAUUCUAUGUUUAGUAUCCGAGUUUGCCUAUAAAAAAGGCUAUUUGGUCAUUCUGCUUCUGGGUUCUGGUUCUGGUUCUUCUUCACCCAUUUCAGUGCCAAUGGUCAAACCAAGUAGCAAGGGUGGCCUGAACUUGAGAAAAAGAAGGAAAAUAGGUGGUGAAGAAAAUUUUGUGGACAGAAUCAGUGCGUUGCCUGAUGAAAUUCUUGUUAUUAUACUGUCUGGCUUGCCCGUAAGGGAUGCACAAGCUACUAGUAUCCUUUCUAGGAGAUGGCGGUAUAUGUGGGCCAGCAUUACGACUCUCAACUUUGAUGAUGAGAAAAAUUUAUGCAGAUUGUAUGAGCUGAGCAGAAUUUAUCCAGAGGGGAAAGAAUUGAAGAAGCUUAGGUAUGUCGAUUGGGUGGACAGUGUGUUGAAACUGCAUAGAGCCCCAAACAUUGAGCAAUUCAGGGUUUCUUUUGAUAUUGGUCCGAGAAGUUCUAUUGAUGAAUGGAUUCAAUUUGCAAUGAAAAAGGGAGUUCAAAUGCUUGAGUUGGACUUCUUAGAAUAUCCUGCUCACAGUCGAUCUAGUAGCUAUGCACUUCGCCAAAAUGUUUUGGGUAUCAGAAAAGGUUCUGGUUUGAAUCCCUUGUGUUCUGAUGUACCAAGUGAACAUAUUAGUGAAUAUGUUGGGUUUAAGUCCCUGAAAGUUCUUGAUCUGAAAUCAGUUGAUGUGGCUGGAAAUGUUCUUGAGGACAUCUUGUCUAACUGUUCAGUUCUUGAGCGACUUUCCAUGUCUGAUUCAUCAAAGUUGGUUAAUCUAAGAGUUAUCAGUCCCUCAACUGCAUUGAAGUACUUGGUGAUACAGCGAUGCUACAAAAUUAAAAGAAUUGAGAUUUCUGAUGCAAAUCUUGUUUCAUUCGUUUAUGACACAGAUGAGGCAUUCAUUUAUGACGCAGAUGAGGUAGACUUGCUUCUUAAUAAUCUCCCGCUUCUUGUUGAGGUAUCCCUUGGUGGAAUCCAUUCACUUGAUUUCUUAGAGGUUUUCUCCCGGAUUUCUUGCUGUCUUGCACAACUAGAGAUUCUCAAUCUAAAUAAUUUGAGCCUGAGCUACAAGAGUGAGUCUGUAUUUCCUACAUUAUCUAAUCUCAAGCAUUUGGAAUUAGCAUUUGAUGAAAAGGAUAAUGGUGGUCUUCUUCAACUUGCUUCCUUCAUUAAGGCAUCUCCUUUAUUGCAUACACUUGUGUUGCAGUUAAACUGCAUUUCGCUUUCAUUGAUAACAAAAGGACCCUUUCCCAACAAGAAAGCCGCGAAGUGCUCCCAUGAUAACCUCAAGGUAGUGGAAAUUAUAAGAUAUGCCGGUACCACACGUCAGAUUGAACUUGUGAAGUACGUGACUAAAACUGCUAUUAAAUUGGAGAAAAUUGUUUUUAACAGUGUCUGUCAUGGGCAUUACCGUACAAGAGUUGACAGACUAGCUGAGAUUGGGAAUGGAGCAUGGCGCAAAGAAUGGUUAUCUAAUCAGGUUCGGAGGAUUAAGAAAAAGUUGCCUGCAAGUGUAGAAGUCGUGUGCCUCUAGCUACUAGGCCAGUAGGAACUGCAGUGCUUGCAUUAUCUAGACAUGGUGUUUGCUUUUGAUUAUGAGAGUUUGGUUUUAUUUAUGUCAAAUGUAAGCAACAGGAACGAAUUAGUUAAUUAACCAUUCUGCAGUAAAUCGGCAUGAGUGAAGCAGAGCUGCUUCAUGGCUACAGUUUUAUAGACUAU